AUGCAAGACCAGCUUCAGCUAGAAAUGCAGGAACGGUUAGACAAGAUGAAACAGGAGAUGUCUGAGAAGAUGCGGGAAUCUCAAGAGGACAUAGUGGCAAAGUUAACCCGAUUGAUAACUAAGGGAGGUUUCACCCCUCCACAUGAGCGAACUCAGGCUGAAUACCCGCACAAAUCUACUGUCACCAUCAUGCCUCAGCAAUUUCGAGCUGGUAUUUCGAACCUCCAAACUGGGCCGGGUUUUAAUCCCAAAAAUAACCCCAUGAACCCUGCCAUUCCGGACUUUGACGAAGUGGCUGAAAAAGAAAGAAUAAAUGUGGAAUUACCGAAACAGUUAGAGGAUCGAUGCAAGUGGCUCGAGGAGAAGUUCAAAGCAAUGGAAGUCACUGAAAGUUAUCGAGGCAUUGACGCAAAAGAGCUGAGUUUAGUGCCAGAUUUAGUACUCCCUCAUAAAUUUAAGAUGCCUGAGUUUGAAAAGUACAAUGGGACAAGCUGCCCAGCAGCUCACAUCACCAUGUUCUGCAGGCGAAUGACGGGUUAUGUUAACAACGACCAACUCCUGAUACACUGUUUCCAAGACAGCCUUACUGGGGUAGCAUCCAAGUGGUACAAUCAGUUGAGUCGUGCCACGAUUGGAUCAUGGAGGGACUUGGCACAAUCGUUCAUGAAACAAUAUAGUCAUGUGACUGACAUGGCUCCUGACAGAAUCACCCUUCAGAACAUGGAGAAAAAGCCGAGUGAAAGCUUCAGGCAGUACGCACAGAGAUGGAGGGAGGUCGCAGUCCAAGUUCAGUCGCCGCUCCUAGAAAAGGAAAUGACCAUGUUGUUCAUUAACACCCUGAAGGCACCGUUCAUUACACAUAUGUUAGGAAGAGCUACAAAAAGCUUUCCUGACAUAGUCAUGAAUGGCGAGAUGAUUGAGAACGCCAUCAGGAGUGGGAAGAUCGAUGCUAGAGAAAGUAACAGAAGAUCGACUUCGAAUAGGAAGGAAAACGAGGUGAACAACGCGAGCACGUACAACAAGGGUUACUCGAAGUCAGUAACAGUGAGUCAGCCAGGAAAGAUGGCUGCCAAUCAGCAAAGCUUGUCGAGACAAGAGGUCGGUACAAGGCGGAAUACGGAGAGGCCCCAAUUCACGCCAAUUCUUAUGUCGUACAGGGAAUUAUACCGAAACUUAUUCGACGCACAUGUAGUUUCCCCUUUUUAUCUGAAGCCCUUACAGCCCCCGUACCCCAAAUGGUACGACACAAAUGCACAGUGCGACUAUCAUGCGGGAAUCACGGGGCAUUCCAUAGAAAACUGUACCGCCUUCAAGAAGUUGGUUGAAAGGCUCAUUGGUAUGGGUGUCGUUAAAUUUGAUGAAGCCACCAAAGUAGAAAAUCCAUUACCAAACCAUACUGACAGCGGAAUAAAUAUGAUGGGCGAGGACAGAAAAAUCAAGGCAGACAUUGCGGACGUGAAGACUCCUUUGAGAUGGGUCUGGAAAAAGAUGGUGAAAAGGGGGCUAAUUGUUUCAGAAGAAAGCUGUGAGAAGAGGAGGAACUACUGUGAGUUCCACUGUAAAAUGGGGCAUGAAAUCCAAGAGUGUACGGAGUUCAAAGCCUUGGUACAGGGUAUGAUGGAUAAUAAGGAGGUGGAAUUUUGUGAAGGAAUUCAGAGGGAGAGUCAUGUAUGCACGUCAGAGUUGGCGUUGGGAGUCCCGAAGGCUAACCAUCUUGUGGUUAUCAUCUCACGACCUAAGAAUAGUGAGGCUGGAGCGCGAGUAGCACCAAAGGUCAUCAUUCAAAAACUGACCGUGUUUACUUACAAAGAUAACAAGAGGGUUCCUUGGAAUUACAAUUGUAAUGUGACAAUCCCAGGGAAGGAGGACUAUGAUGAGGGAGGGUAUGCCGAACAGAUGAAGGCUCGAGUAGAGCCAAUAAGAGAAGAAACUCUGAUUGGAAAGAAGAAGAAGGCGGUCGAGCCUGAAUCGGUGGUCAAUGAACCAAUCAAGGAGGAGGAAGCUAGAGAGUUCUUGAAGUUCAUAAAACAUAGCGAGUACAGCGUUGUGGAGCAGCUGCACAAACAACCAGCUCGCAUAUCUGUGCUAGCUUUACUCCUAAACUCGGAGGGACAUCGAAAUGCACUACUGAAGGUGCUAAAUGAAACUUAUGUGGCCAACGAUAUCUCUGUUAACAAGUUGGAUCGACUGGUCGGCAAUAUAAGCGCUGAUAACUUCAUCUCUUUCAGCGAUGACGAAAUACCACCCGGGGGUAUGGGAUCUACUAGAGCUUUACACAUCACUACAAGGUGUAAAGGAUGCAUAUUACCGGGAGUUCUGAUAGACAAUGGAUCGGCAUUAAAUGUAUUGCCCCUGUCCACGCUCAACAGGCUACCUGUGGAUAGUUCGCAUAUGAAGUCGUGUCAGAAUAUGGUGAGAGCAUUUGAUGGCACUGAGAGGAAAGUAAUGGGAAGAAUUGACAUACCCUUAUUAAUUGGCCCAACUGUCUUUGAGGUGGAUUUCUUGGUUAUGGACAUCAAGCCUUCUUACAGUUGCCUAUUAGGAAGGCCGUGGAUUCAUUCAGCAGGUGCGGUACCGUCAUCGUUACAUCAAAAACUGAAGCUGGUGUCAGAGGGCCGGGUAGUGACGAUAGAUGCUGAAGAGGAUAUCAUUGCAUCUGUGACUAACGAUGCACCUUAUUUGGAGACGAGGGAUGAUGCAAUCGAGUGCUCUUUCCGUUCCUUGGAAUUUGUAAAUGCAACAUUCAUCCUUGAGGGAAGCAAGAUCCCGAUGCCGAGAAUAUCAAAGACCACAAGGAUGGGUGCUGAAUCGAUGAGGAAAGGGAGCUUUACCGAGAAAAGGAUUGGGGAAGACCGUUUUGGCUUAGGAUACAAGCCAGAUGCUAGGCAGGGGAAGAUAGAGCAAGAAAAGAAGCGUGAGAGAAGAAGGGCUCGUUUGACAGGGGAUGAAGUCGAAUUGGAACCCAUGACCUUUCCUCACCUAUCCAAGACUUUUGUAUUGGGAGGAUUCCUCUAUCAAGGAGUCAGAGGUAUUAACACGGAGUUGGAGAGUAUUCAUGCCGUGUAUGAAGAAGCGACGGGAGGAAGAGCUUUGCCAGAUAUUCGUCCUUACGAGUCGGAAAGGGAGCUAAACAACUGGACUGCAGAAGAAAUACCUGUAGUUUUUAGGAUUUCCUCAGAGUCCCACGAUAUCAAUGAUGCAAAUGUCACUCUUACAAACUUAGAGUCUCCUUUUGAACGAAACAUGUGUUUAGAGGGAUCGCAUGAUUUUGAAGACAACGAAGACUGUGGUUUGUCUCCUGACUUGUUAAAGAUGGUAGAAAGGGCCGAGAAACAAAUCCUACCUCACAGGGAAUCAAUAGAAGUCGUGAGCUUAGAGGAGGGUAAAGAGGUGAAGAUCGGAUCGGAUAUCUCUACAAAGACAAGACAGGACCUCAUUGAAUUACUCCGAGAGUUCAAGGACGUGUUUGCAUGGUCAUACCAGGAUAUGCCGGGGUUGAGUACUGACAUAGUAGUCCAUCGUCUCCCUAUAAGAGAAGAUUGCAAGCCAGUGCAGCAAAAACUCAGAAGGAUGAGGCCUGAUAUCGUGUUGAAGAUAAAGGAGGAGGUCCAAAAGCAGUUUGAUGUCGAGUUUCUGCAAGAAGUCAGGUAUUCUGAGUGAGUGGCUAACAUCGUACCAGUUCCAAAGAAAGAUGGAAAAGUACGAAUGUGUGUGGAUUAUCGGGAUUUGAACAAGGCUAGUCCAAAGGAUAACUUCCCAUUGCCCCACAUCGACACAUUGGUAGACAAUACUGCAGGCUUUUCAUUGUUCUCCUUCAUGGAUGGUUUUUCUGGAUAUAAUCAGAUAAAGAUGCAUCCUGAAGACAUGAGAAAGACUACGUUCAUUACGUUAUGGGGGACGUUUUGUUAUAAAGUGAUGCCGUUUGGAUUGAAGAAUGCAGGAGCGACAUACCAAAGAGCCAUGGUAGCCUUGUUCCAUGACAUGAUGCACAGGGAAAUUGAGGUUUAUGUUGAUGAUAUGAUCGCGAAAUCUAGAACGGAGGGCGAACAUGUGCGGGUCUUGAGAAAGUUAUUCUUAAAAUUGAGAAAGUUCCAGCUCAAGCUUAAUCCAGCGAAGUGCACUUUUGGGGCCAGGUCAGGAAAGUUGCUAGGCUUCAUAGUCAGUGAAAAGGGAAUCGAGGUUGAUCCAGACAAAGUCAAAGCAAUACGAGAUUUACCUCCACCUCGCACUCAGAAAGAAGUUCGAGGUUUCCUCGGAAGACUAAAUUACAUCGCUAGGUUCAUUUCACAACUGACUGAGAAAUGUGACCCUAUAUUCCGUCUUCUGAAGAAACAUAAUCUUGGUACUUGGGAUGAGGAAUGCGAAGAAGCUUUUAACAAGGUGAAGCAGUAUUUGUCUGAUACUCCAGUGCUGUCACCACCUAACCCGGAUAGGCCUCUGAUAUUGUAUCUAACGGUAUUCGACAAUUCCAUGGGGUGUGUGCUAGGCCAACAUGAUGAAACGGGGAGAAAAGAAAGGGCGAUAUAUUAUCUCAGCAAGAAAUUCACUGACUGUGAAAUGAGAUAUUCGCCUAUUGAGAAAUUAUGUUGUGCCUUGAUUUGGACAACCCGAAGAUUAAUGCAGUACAUGUUAUACCAUACGACUUGGCUGAUCUCAAAGUUAGACCCGUUAAAGUAUAUGAUGGAGUCAACUGCUUUGAAUGGGAGAAUGGCCCGAUGGCAGAUUUUAUUGUCUGAAUUUGAUAUUGUCUAUGUGAACCAAAAGGCUGUGAAAGGGAGUGCAAUUGCUGACUUUCUAGCUAGUAGAGCUCUAGAGGACUACGAGCCGUUGAGUUUUGAUUUCCCAAAUGAGGACCUGAUGUGUGUAGCCGCUACUGAAGAAAGUCCCCAAGAAGGUCACAGUUGGAAGCUAAACUUUGAUGGAGCCUCGAACGCUGUAGGCAAUGGAAUUGGGGCAGUCCUGGUGUCCCCAAAUGGUGAUCAUUAUCCUUUCACUUGCAAAUUGGAUUUUGAUUGUACAAAUAACAUGGCAGAAUAUGAAGCAUGCGUCAUGGGUAUUCGUGCAGCUAUAGAGCGAGGAAUCAAAGUGCUAGAGGUCUAUGGAGAUUCAGCAUUGGUGAUAUAUCAGCUCAGGGGUGAAUGGGAAACAAGAGAUCCCAAAUUAAUCAGUUAUCGAAAGUUGGUCCUCGAAUUGAUUAAGGAGUUUGAGGACAUCACUUUUUGCUAUCUCCCACGAGAUGAGAACCAGAUGGCUGAUGCACUGGCUACCUUAGCUUCUAUGAUCAAGCUGAGCAGAUAUGGGGAUAUGAAACCAAUCCAAAUGAGUAUCUAUGAAGACCCAGCUCAUUGUUACAAAAUUGAAGAAGGGGAAAUCGAUGAUAGUCCUUGGUAUCAAGAUAUACUACGAUAUGUAAAAAAUCGUGAGUAUCCUGACCAGGCAACGGAGAAUGAAAAGAGAACUCUGAGAAGACUAGCCAUUGAUUACGUCUUAGAUGGGGAGAUCUUGUACAAGAGGGGAAAAGAUCAGGUACUGCUAAGAUGUGUGGACGCCGUAGAAGCAAAGAAAAUUCUGGAGGAAGUCCAUGAGGGCAUCUGCGGAACGCAUGCCAGCGGGUUCACAAUGGCUAGGCAGAUUAUGAGAUUCGGGUACUACUGGUCUACCAUCGAAGGGGAUUGCAUCAAUUAUUCCAAGAAGUGCCAUAAAUGUCAAAUCUAUGGUGAUAAAAUGCAUGCACCCCCUUCACCUCUUCAUGUCAUGACUUCUCCAUGGCCUUUCUCCAUGUGGGGUAUGGAUGUUAUCGGGCCAAUAUCACCGAAGGCUUCAAAUGGGCAUCGUUUCAUAUUCGUGGUUAUUGACUACUUCACCAAAUGGGUAGAAGCUGCUUCGUAUGCUAAUGUUACAAAGUCAUCAGUCAGCAAGUUCUUGAAGAGAGAGAUCAUAUGUCAGUAUGGAAUGCCUGAAAGAAUCAUAUCCGACAAUGCGUUGAAUUUGAACAACAGCUCAAUAGUAGAGAUCUGCAGUCAAUUCAAGAUCCGACAUCACAAUUCGUCGCCAUAUCGCCCGAAAAUGAAUGGUGCAGUAGAAGCGGCCAAUAAAAAUAUAAAGAAGAUUGUAGGGAAGAUGACUGAGACUUACAGGGACUGGCACGAGAAAUUACCGUUUGCCCUCCUUGCUUAUCGGACGUCAACCAGGACCUCCACCGGGGCAACGUCUUUCUCCUUAGUUUAUGGCAUGGAGGCAGUCUUGCCCAUCGAAGUUGAAAUCCCUUCUCUCCGGGUUUUGUCUGAACUACAAUUGGAUGAAGCGGAAUGGGUUCAGUCUCGACUCGAUCAGUUGAACUUGAUAGAGGGAAAAAGGCUAAAGGCUAUUCAGCACGGUCAGAUGUACCAGAAAAGAAUGAUGCGAGCCUACAACAAGAAAGUCCGACCCAGAGAAUUUCAUGAGGGGGACCUGGUGUUGAGAAAAAUUCUUCCUCUGCAAAAGGAUUUUAGGGGGAAAUGGAUGCCGAAUUGGGAGGGUCCUUAUGUUGUAAAAAAGGCCUUUUCUGGAGGAGCCUUGAUCCUGGCUAAAAUGGACGGGAAAAACUUGCCUAAUCCGGUAAAUUCAAAUUCGGUGAAGAGGUACUUUACUUGA